AUGUCCGCCGCGGCCGAUGACCUCGCGCGCCGCGUCGCCGCGUUCCUCCCCGUCCCGCUCCCGUCGCCGCCGCAGCAGAAGCAGCAGCUCUCCGCCGUGGCCGCCGCCGUGCUCGACGCCUGGGACGCCUGCGCGUGGGCGACGUCUUCCGCCGCCUCAGCAUCGACGACACCUUCUACUCCGGCGGCGGCGCGCCGAAGCAGCGCCGGCGCAACGCCGGCAAGAAGAAUGGCGGGAGACGAUCGGCGGCCGGAGCGUCGGCCGCGGUCAGCGAGGAGGAGGCCACCGGCGGCGGCGACGACCCCCUCGGCUCCUCCGCUCGGCCCGGUCCUCUUCGUCCGCGACACGACGCUGCUGUUCCCGGUGCACCUCUCCAAGCGCCACCUCAUCUGGUACGGAUUCGAGCGCAAGAACGGAGUGCACUCGGUUUGCCCUGCUUAUUGGUCGGCUCACAAGAGAUGGUUCUUCAUGUCCAUGCUAUGCCUCAACCCAUUCGCUUGUUCGUUCAUGGACAUGCAAUUCCCAAAUGGGCAACUAAGAUACGUCGCCGGCGACGGCUUCACGACGCGUGCUUUCCUCCCUCUCCGUGGCGGGAUUUUGCAAGCCCAUGGGAAAUUCCCGGGGGAGAAGAGGCUCAGCUUCUCUUUCAAGAACAGGAGUGGCGGCAGCGUCGUGCCAAUGGUUCAGUGGCCGGAUAAGUCUCUCGCGCUGGGGAUCGUCCAGGCAUUGUCUUGGAGGACAUCUGGCCUGAUGCUGCAACCAGCAACGCAGAUCAGCAUAUGCCCGACGAUCGGCGGCCGCCAUCCUGGGGUGUGCAUGGAGCUGAUCCAUUCGGCGAACGACAACGUCGGCAUAGUCUGCGGCUACUCCCACACUGCUUCCCCUUCUGCAUAUGCCUCCAUAUCGAUCGGAAGAUCGAAGCUGAACGGCGGAGCGGCAAGGUCAGGCUUAGUGUUCAGAGUAGACGCCCCACUCCACGGUUUCGGCCGCCCAUGGUUCUCGGUUCAGAUGAACAGCGGGAUCGAGUUCUGA